GGAGUGUAGAAGUCAAGGUCACCUUGAGUUUGAGUUUUGCCGAUUACAAGUGUGAAACUUUUCAAUUUUAAAGCAGCUAUCACUUGGCUAUCAACGUUCCUUCCACAGUUCAAAAUGGCUCUCAAUAAAUUAAGCAUCGAAAACUUGGAUUUAGCUGGAAAGCGUGUGUUGAUGCGUGUGGAUUUCAAUGUUCCUAUUAAGGAAGGUAAAAUUACCAGCAACCAACGUAUUGUAGCAGCUUUGGAGAGCAUCAAGUUCGCUUUAGGAAAAGGAGCCAAGUCUAUCGUUCUCUGCUCACAUUUGGGUCGUCCCGAUGGCAACAAAAAUCCAAAAUAUACAAUGGCGCCAGUUGCUGAUGAACUCAAGAGAUUGUUAAAUAAAGAUGUGAAAUUCAUCAAUGACUGUGUUGGUGCUGAAGUUGAAGCUGCUUGUGCCAAUCCAGCACCAGGUUCCAUUAUCCUUCUCGAAAAUCUCCGAUUCUAUGUUGAAGAAGAAGGUAAAGGUGUCGAUGCCAAUGGAGCUAAGGUGAAAGCUGACCCUGCUAAAGUCAAGGCUUUCCGCGAAAGUUUGGCAAAGCUCGGCGAUGUUUACGUCAAUGAUGCAUUCGGAACAGCUCAUCGUGCUCAUUCAUCAAUGAUGGGCGAAGGUUACGCUCAACGAGCAGCUGGUCUUCUGAUGAAUAAAGAAUUGAGAUAUUUUGCUAAAGCGCUUGAUAACCCAGAACGUCCAUUCUUGGCAAUUCUUGGUGGUGCCAAAGUCGCCGAUAAAAUUCAACUCAUUGAAAAUCUUCUCGAUAAAGUCAAUGAGAUGAUCAUUGGCGGUGGCAUGGCCUUCACAUUCCUUAAAGUUUUAAACAACAUGGAAAUCGGCGGCUCAUUAUUCGAUGAAGAAGGCGCAAAGAUUGUUCAAAGUCUCGUUGAAAAAGCUAAGAAAAACAACGUUCAACUUCAUCUUCCAGUUGACUUCGUUACAGGAAAUAAAUUUGGAGAAGACGCUGAAGUUGGAGUUGCAACAGUUGAAAGUGGAAUUCCAGCUGGAUCAAUGGGAUUGGAUGUUGGUCCAAAAUCACAGGAAAUGUUUGCGCUUCCUGUUUCUCGUGCAAAAGUCAUCGUUUGGAACGGACCACCUGGCGUCUUUGAGUUUGGAAAGUUUGCUUGUGGAACUAAAACACUUUUGGACAAUGUUGUUGGAGCAACGAAAAGAGGAGCUGUAACCAUCAUUGGUGGAGGUGACACGGCUUCAUGUUGUGCUAAAUGGGAAACCGAGUCACAAGUCUCUCAUGUUUCAACUGGCGGCGGUGCAAGUCUCGAAUUACUCGAAGGCAAAACUUUACCUGGUGUCGCUGCUUUAUCGAACGCAUAAAACUUCAUGCUAGAAAAUUUGUCGCAUCAUUAAGCAGCUGAGCUCAGUAAUCACCUUAAAUAUCCUUAUCUCAGUAAAUAAAAACGAUCUUUGAUCAGAAUAAAAAUUUUUUGAAUGGUUUUUAGUUUGAUUCUGAUGAAAAAUAAUGAAAAUAUUUAAUGUUAAUAAAAACCUAAUUAAAUUCGAUUCCAGAACCCAAU